AACGAGCAACAUUGUGCAAGCAAGAAAAGGCAUUUUGCGGCGUGAUGUCUUGCCGGUGACCGAGCCGACGUCCUGCUGUUGUGGUAGUCAUUAAGUGGUCGUCUGCGAUUAUUCAAGCCCACAAGCAUGUAUUCCGUGGUUAGAGCAACAUCCUGCAGAACUCUCCUGCGCAACGUCGUGUCAGCGACUGCUCGUUGCUCGCGACAGAGGUCCACUACUCCCAUCAACACUGUGAUUAUGUUUGUACCUCAACAAGAAGCAUGGGUGGUCGAGAGGAUGGGAAAGUUCUCGCGAAUAUUGGAACCCGGCUUGAACUUGCUGCUUCCAGUGGUAGAUCGCGUUCGCUAUGUCCAGUCUCUCAAAGAAAUAGCCAUCGACAUCCCGCAGCAGUCUGCCAUCACGCUGGACAACGUGACGCUCAACAUCGACGGAGUUCUCUACCUGAAAGUGGUCGACCCGUACCGGGCGAGCUACGGUGUCGAAGACCCCGAAUUUGCCAUCACACAGCUCGCGCAGACGACGAUGCGUUCUGAGCUGGGCAAGAUAGCCCUCGAUAGUGUCUUCAAGGAACGGGAGUCGCUCAACAUUGCCAUUGUGGAUGCCAUCAACAAGGCGAGCGGUGCCUGGGGCAUCGUCUGCCUGCGCUACGAGAUCCGCGACAUCCGUCUACCACAGCGGGUCCACGAAGCGAUGCAGAUGCAGGUUGAGGCUGAGCGAAAGAAGAGAGCAGCAGUUUUAGAGUCGGAAGGGAUCCGAGAAGCGGAUAUCAACGUAGCUGAGGGACAGCGCCGUGCGCGUAUACUGGCCUCGGAGGCGGAGAAGAUGGAGCUCAUUAACAAGGCGCAGGGAGAGGCUAAUGCCACGCUGGCUAAAGCUGAAGCCAAGGCCAAGGCCCUUAGCAGAAUAGCCGGCUCCCUGCAACAACCAGUCGGUGGCAAUGCCGCGUCAUUUAUGGUGGCCGAGCAAUACGUGCAAGCCUUCAAGAGUCUCGCUAAGGAAGGCAACACCAUCAUCCUACCUGCCAACACAGGUGACGUGUCGUCGUCUGUGGUCCAGGCCAUGGCCAUCUACAAGAACCUCACCCACCCUGUAAAAACAACGCAGCAAGAGACUGGAAACCAGUCCACGGAUAGCUUGGCGGAGUACAUAAGUGACGACGAGGACAGGAAAGAUGUCACGGACUCCACGAAACGCCAGACAUAAGGAGACCUCACAUUAAAGACUUCUGUUCUUGGAGCA